AUGUGCAAAGUUUAUCAAAUUUAUAUUUCUACUUCACCCAAUUUAAAACCAACAGAAGAUUAUUUACUUGAUCACUAUAUGUCAAUUAAAUCAGAUUCUGCUUGGAUCACUCAGCCUUGGAUUUAUGUUGGGAUGUUGUUUUUGACUUUUGCUUGGCAUAAGGAAGAGCUUCAUACAUAUGAUUGGUAUAGAGUCCCAGGAAAAGAUGAUGUGACAUUAGAAUUUCCAAUGAAAGAACCAGCCCUGGGAUCAUUUGGACAACAAACUGAUGUAAUGUAUCAAUUGAUCACCUUAACAUCUCCAGGUCUAUUGAAAAAUCAGGAGGAAGAACAUAUGUUUUUGAUCAAAGACCCAAUGAAUUUUCAGUAA